AUGUCAGUUUCGAGACAAGUCAUCAAGAAGGUGUUUGCGGUAGAGACUGCCGAGGGCGCAGGAGCCCUCGUUCGUCGUUCGAUAGGGAGUAUGGGCCUCAGGAAUCUUACACCGUUCUUGAUGCUAGACCACUUCCACAUCAGCAAAGGAGCAGGCUUCCCCGAUCAUCCGCACAGAGGUCAGGCCACUGUAACCUAUAUGCUCGAAGGAGAGAGCAGACAUGAAGAUUCAGCUGGACAUGCUGGUUUGAUCAAGGCUGGCGGUGUGCAGUGGAUGUGUGCUGGCCGUGGAAUCAUCCAUGCGGAGAUGCCUGCGCAAGCCCCGAAUGGUCAGGAGCCAAGAGGUCUUCAACUUUGGGUGGACUUGCCCGCCAAAUACAAGAUGGUCGAACCUAGCUAUCAAGAGCUCGAUCCAGAGGGCAUCCCGAGCGCAUAUCCCGACGGACCGGAUGGGCCUCAGAUUAAGGUUAUUAGCGGGAAGAGUCACGGAGUAGAGUCACCUGUCAGGCCUCUUGGCGGAUGCUGGUACUUCCACAACAUUUUCAAGAAGAAGGGCACUGUUUUCCAGGAUAUUCCGGCUGGUUGGACUACCUUCAUAUAUACGUUGAAGGGCUCGAUCAGCAUCGGUACUCAACCAGAGAAGUACGAGCAAUAUUACACCUUGGUCUUGUCUUCCAACAGUAAUGAGACUGGCAUUUCGGUGACCGCUCUUGAGGACGAUACCGAGUUCGUUCUGGUUGCCGGCGAGCCUUUGGACCAGGAGGUUGUGCAAUAUGGACCAUUCGUGAUGACGUCGAAAGAAGAGAUCCAGAAGACGUUCAUCGAUUACCGCAUGGGCUUGAACGGGUUCGAGAAGGCGCACACUUGGAAGAGCAAGAUCGGCGGGCUUUGA